AAUCAGCUUCAAACAAAAUAAACACCUCUUACAAAUCACCUUGUUAACCUUUGGUCCUGAAUGAAAUUUGGUCAGGUUAUUACAGGUUUUUCAAAUCUUAUUUUGUUAUUUUUAAAUUAAGCGGUCAUCUAGUUUCCCUAUUGGUUUCACCUUUAACUUCCACGCUACUCUGUUCAAAAAUAUUAUAUUUUGUUUCUCUUCAGUGAUUUUACCAUCCAUUCAAUAUCAACACUGUUAAUUUUAUUUUCCCUUUAACCCAUUUCUUGCUGUACAUCAAUCAUGCUUGGCUCUGCUUUAUUCAAUAUUGACAAUGGUUACUUUGAAGGUCUUGUAAGAGGUUUUAAGUGUGGUAUCCUUAAACAAAGUGAUUACCUUAAUUUGGUUCAAUGUGAGACUCUUGAAGAUAUUAAAUUACACUUGCAAAGCACUGAUUAUGGAGCCUUCCUUGCCAAUGAACCUUUGCCAUUAUCUGUUUCUGUUAUUGAGGAUAAAUUACGAGAAAAAUUGGUCAGUGAAUUUCUUCACAUCAGGAAUCAAUCUUGUGAACCUCUUUCCAGUUUUCUUGAUUACAUUACUUAUGGUUACAUGAUUGACAAUGUUAUUCUGCUCAUUACUGGUACUCUUCAUCAACGUCCAAUCCCUGAUUUAAUUGACAAAUGUCAUCCUCUUGGUAAAUUUGAUCAAAUGGAAGCAAUAAAUGUUGCAAACAACCCGGCUGAUCUUUACAAUGCUAUCCUCGUUGAUACACCUUUGGCUCCUUAUUUUGUUGAUUGUUUAUCCGAGCAGGACAUGGAUGAGAUGAACAUUGAAAUUAUAAGGAAUACCUUGUACAAGGCAUAUUUGGAAGAUUUUCAUGACUACUGCAAAAACGUUAUUGGAGGCAUAACAGGAGAGAUUAUGUGUGAAAUUCUUGCUUUUGAAGCCGAUCGACGUGCUUUCGAGAUCACAAUCAACUCUUUUGGUACAGAACUGUCCAAAGAAGAUCGAGUUAAGCUUUACCCAUCUUGUGGGUUUUUGUAUCCUGAUGGAUUAGCUGCCCUUGCCAGAGCUGAUGAUUAUGAUCAAGUUAGAGCUGUUGCUGCUUUUUAUGCUGAAUACAAACCAAUCUUUGAUGCUACUCAGGGUGCUGAAGAAAAAUCAUUAGAGGAUCGAUUUUUUGAACAUGAAGUUAAACUUAAUGUCAAUGCAUUCAUGCAACAAUUUCAUUUUGGUGUCUUUUACGCUUAUUUGAAACUAAAGGAACAAGAAACACGGAAUAUUAUUUGGAUUGCUGAAUGUGUAGCUCAAAAGCAUAAAACCAAAAUCGAUAACUAUAUACCGAUUUUUGAUUGAUAAGCUAAGGCCUCUUCUAUACAAGCAUAUUUUCUUGUUCAAAACUACAAGCCAGAUCGUUAAAAUUUAUUAUCCAAGAAAUCACUGUGAUAAAAGCCUCGAAAUUCACUGAAGUUUUAUAAUGAGAAAGUUUAAAUGUCUACCUGCCUUACCUGUUUCAAUUUUUCUAUCUUCCUUCACCAAAAAUCUUCUAUUGAUCUAUUUAUAUAUUUUUUUGUCAUAACCAAGAUAGCAAUAUCAAGGGAACAUUUUUACACUCUAUUAAUUAAUAACCUUGGCUUUUACAAAGUUAAUUUUCAUAAGAAAAUUUCAUCGCAAUUAAUUUGCCAGUGUCAUCAACGAACCUUUCACAUCCUAAUCAACUAUCAUGUCUUCAAAAGGCUUUUUUACUUUUAUCAAGCCAAAAUUUAUUUGGAAUUUAUUGUUAAGAGAAAAUAUAAUACGAUAUUUAAUCAAUUUGUACAAAGAAAGAUUUUGAUAGAAUUUUGUUAAUUCUUUAAUCAGAUAAUGAAACUAGAUAAUCAAUGUAAUGUGAAAUUACAGUGGCAAGACAAAAUUGAAAUUAAAGAAAAUGAUAACCAUUUAUUA